UGCAGCUGGUAAUAGGAUUGUGACUUCCCUCUGGGGCAGCCACUCAGACCGUGGCUGGGCGGCUGGCAACUGGUGCUUACCAACCCUGACCACCUGCCAGCUGAGGAGCCAGAGCCCCGGCCGGGACCCUGUACCCUGGCGGCCUCAUGUGCACGGAAUGGUGCUGUGCCCGGUGCCAGCAGCCUGGGCUCACCAUGGUGCUGGGGGCCGUCCUGGCACGAGGGAGGGAUGUUUUCAGGAGGAACGGACUUCUCAUCCUGUCUGUGCUGUCCGUCACCGUGGGCUGCCUCCUUGGCUUCUUCCUGAGGACCAGGCGCCUCUCACCGCAGGAAAUUAGUUACUUCCAGUUUCCUGGAGAGCUCUUGAUGAGGAUGUUGAAGAUGCUAAUCCUACCGCUGGUGGUCUCCAGCCUGAUAUCCGGCCUCGCCUCUCUGGAUGCCAAGACCUCCGGCCGCCUGGGCAUUCUCACUGUGGCGUACUACCUGUGGACCACCUUUGUGGCAGUCAUCGUGGGCAUCAUCAUGGUCUCCAUCAUCCACCCAGGCAGGGCGGCCCAGAAGGAGGCGACGGAGCAGAGCGGGAAGCCCAUCAUGAGCUCAGCCGAUGCCCUGCUGGACCUCAUCCGGAACAUGUUCCCGGCCAACCUGGUGGAAGCCACGUUCAAACAGUACCGCACCAAGACCACGCCUGUCAUCGAGUCCCCCAAAGUGGCAUCAGAGGAGGCCCCUCCCCGGCGGGUCCUCAUCUACGGGGUCCGGGAAGAGAAUGGCUCUCACAUUCAGAACUUCGCCCUGGACCUGACCCCGCCACCUGAGGUCAUUUACAAGUCAGAGCCUGGCACCAGCGAUGGCAUGAACGUGCUGGGCAUAGUCAUGUUCUCCGCCACCAUGGGCAUCAUGCUGGGCCGCAUGGGUGACAGCGGGGCCCCCCUGGUCAGCUUCUGCCAGUGCCUCAAUGAGUCCGUCAUGAAGAUUGUGGCAGUGGCGGUGUGGUACUUCCCCUUCGGUAUCGUGUUCCUCAUCGCCGGCAAGAUCCUGGAGAUGGAUGACCCCACAGCCGUGGGGAAAAAGCUGGGCUUCUACGCGGUCACUGUAGUGUGUGGGCUGGUGGUCCACGGCCUCUUCAUCCUGCCCCUGCUCUACUUCUUCAUCACCAAAAAGAACCCCAUCGUCUUCAUCCGCGGUGUCCUCCAGGCCCUGCUCAUCGCACUGGCCACCUCCUCCAGCUCCGCCACACUGCCCAUCACCUUCAAGUGCCUGCUGGAGAACAACCACAUCGACCGGCGCAUCGCCCGCUUUGUGCUGCCCGUGGGCGCCACCAUCAACAUGGACGGCACGGCGCUCUACGAGGCUGUGGCCGCCAUCUUCAUCGCCCAGGUCAACAACUACGAGCUGGACUUCGGUCAGAUCAUCACCAUCAGCAUCACAGCCACAGCAGCCAGCAUUGGGGCAGCCGGCAUCCCCCAGGCCGGGCUCGUCACCAUGGUCAUUGUGCUCACCUCCGUGGGACUGCCCACUGACGACAUCACCCUCAUCAUCGCAGUCGACUGGGCUCUGGACCGCUUCCGCACCAUGAUUAAUGUGCUGGGUGACGCGCUGGCUGCAGGGAUCAUGGCCCACAUCUGCCGGAAGGACUUUGCUCAGGACACAGUCACCGAGAAACUGCUGCCCUGCGAGACCAAGCCAGUGAGCCUCCAGGAGAUCAUGGCGACCCAGCAGAAUGGCUGUGUGAAAAGCGUGGCCAAGGCCUCAGAGCUGACCCUGGGCCCCACCUGCCCCCACCACAUCCCUGUCCAGGUGGAGCAGGACGAGGAGCCGCCUGCCGCCAGCCUGGACCACUGCACCAUUGAAAUCAGCGAGCUUGAGACCAACGUCUGAGCCUGCAGAGCUGCAGAGGCCCGGGCAGGCCUCCAGGGUUGGGCAGAGGGCAGCAUCUUGACUUCCUCCUUUCCUGAGCAGCCGACAGGGGUGAGCCUCACACAUGCUUCCCUCCCUCGGGAGGUCGGAAUCAGCUCCGCUUGACAGAAAGCAGAGUCUCGCAGAGGAAACGCCAGCAGGGGAGUGAUGGGCCAGCACAGCCCAGCCCAGCCCAGCCCUGGCUGUGACUUCCCACGGUGAUGGCCCGUGAGGACAGCAGGCAAGGGUUAUGGUCCGCACUUUCUGGAUGACAGAGUUAAGGCUGAAAGCGUGUAUCCCAGGUCUCAGAGCAAGUCAGGGCGAGGGCUCCAACUCGGGUGUUUCACGCCCUGGCCACUCCCUCCCCGAGGACAGGGGCGCCUGCUGGGCCAGGUGCCCAGAGAGGCUCCAGGCUCUGCCCCUGUCCUGCAGCCCCGCAGCCACCACCGCUUUCCACUCAUGCAGACAGAACAGCAGCCUCUGGGCCUGCCCCUCUGCAUCCUGGCCCAGGCCAGCCCUCCACCCAGCCCCAUAACACGUGGCCUCAAACAGCUCUGCCCGAGAGGGGGCCAGCCCAAGACCAAGGCCUGCUGCCUUCCACGUGCCUCGGCCUGUCUGGUCCCAACCCAGCGGUCCUCUCUCACAAAGCUCCCAUGAUUCGGAGGUGGGGGUGUCUUUGCUGGGGCUGCCCAGGCCCUUGGAAACAUCUGGGCCAGCCUCCGCUGGGCGGGUGGGCCAGCCAGGACCCAGGGGCAGGCUGCCUGGGACGUUUCGUAUAAGCUGCCCAGUUGGCUCUGGGUCAGGACUCCCCAGAAGCCUGAGGGAUAAAGAUGAGUUAAGUUUUAUAUUCUUUUCUGUGUUUGCAAAUUCAGUGAUAACUAAAUAAAUGUAUUUCGUUUUUGAGUCUUGUGGGCUUAGCAACCAUA